AUGGAUAGAUUCAGCGAUUUACCAGAUGCUUUGCUAGCUGAAAUCCUCUCUUACCUUCUGACCAAAGUGUCCGGUAAGACAAGCCUUUUGUCGAAGAGAUGGGAAUUUGUCUGGCUUAAGGUUCCUGCACUUGACGUGUCACUUAAUGAUUUCCCCAACAACCCACUUAAUGCCUUGCACAGAGUCGUCAACAAAUUUCUGGAGUUCAACAAAGACUCGCGAAUGCAAAAGUUCAAGCUACACUACUUGUACGAGCGAAACAAUAAUGAUCAUCUCGUGGAGUGGAUUGAUACAGCAGUUGCUCGCGGAGUUCAACAUUUACAUGUUGAAACUUUAAAGUCUGCUGAUGUAACUCAGAACAUCUACAAGAGCAAAACAUUAGUCUCUUUAAAGUUGGUAUGCGUAGGACUCGAGACUCCCAGGUGUAAGGUAUCUUUACCUUGUCUCAAGAUCAUGCAUCUUGAAGACGUUUGGUAUAUUUAUGAUCCUUUGCUAGUAGAGAAGAUGAUCAUGGGAUCUCCUGUUAUCGAAGAGCUCCCAUUGAUUAGUCGUAGGCCUAUGCUUCCUGAUAUUUGUGAUCGAGAUGUUGUGAAGAAUAUGUGCGUGAGGUCUCAGACUCUGAAAACAUUUCGUCUGGUGUUUCAGAAGAUUUGGGGUGGUAGAAAUUUUUCUGUUGAGAUUGAUGCUCCAAGACUCGAGUAUCAUAUGUUGUGA